AUGAGGGAAGGGACGCCUCGGAGCAUAAUGUCGGAGUCUAAUAAUAGUGUUACAGGCUCGCAGAGGAGACGGUCACCGAGGCUGACCUCUUCUCCUUCUUUUUUAAACGAUAACAAAAUGGCGACGUUGCCAGCAGUUACCGUGGCCGUCAAACGUUCAAUCACGGUGAGGAAAAUAGCCCCCAGAAAGACCACAGCACCGUCGGAGCAUAACAAGGAGAACACACCGAGGAUAUCAGAGGGGAGCCAGCAGCAAGGGAAGCUUAAGGUUUCCACCCCAGGUCCUGCUCCAGAGAAUGGGCGCUCCUCAUCGGGUAAGAGGAAGAAGAAGGCCGUGAUGCCUUCACCGAUCCUCCCUCCUUCAUCUCCUCCUCCUCCACCGGCUGAAAAUGCAUCAGACUCGGCGUGGACUCAGAAGGUGCGUCGGUCCUACAGCAGGCUCAGCGAUAAGUCCCUCAACUCCCCCAACUCCAGAGAGACUAUGUUCGGCUUUGAGACGCUGCAGACCCCCGAGAUUGGCCCCAGAAUCCGCUCAUCCAAGGAAGCCUCUGCUGUCUCCCUGUCAGGUCUGAACUCAUUCAUGUCUCUGCUGGAGGGGGCGGCGGCGGAUGACUGCGGCGGGUCAGCUGCACCCGAGGUGGACACUGACAUCCCUGGAGUGGUCGUGGUGAAGGAGAAGAGGAGGAGGAAGAAGGUGCAGCAGAUAAACAGCACAGAGCUGGAGGAGCUGGCUGCAAAGAUGAACGCAGAGUUUGAGGAGGCUGAGGAGUUUGAGCUGAUGGUGGAGUAAAUACUGAGAUGUACUAAAAAGACUUUUUACAUGGCUUAGUGAUGUGUUGGUAAAUUUUCAUGCUAUGAUUAUCAUUGGUAAAAUAUCACCAUAUAUAUUAUCAUGAUAAUCAUCAGCUGUUUACUGAAGUGGUACCAUUAGUGCCAAAAUAUAGUUUGAUCACUUCACCUGGUAUUGUAUUCACUGCACAGUAGAGCUGGGCAAUAUAUCAAUAUUACAUCAAUAUCGUGAUAUGCGACAUGUGUUGUGUUUUCCUGGUUUUAAAGGCUGAAUUACAGUAAAGUGAUGUAAUUUUCUGAACUUUUCUAGAUGUUCCACUAUUUGCCUUUACCAUUUACUGAUAAUUAUUUAUGAGAAAUCUAAUGUGUAAAAAUGUUUGUAAUGGCACCAUUAGUCAUCCCUACAAUAUCAAAAUGUUUGGUCAAAAAAAUUGAUAUUUGAUUUUGUCUCUGUCGCCCAGCUCUACUGCACAGUGGUCUUUAUCAUCACAUCAACAUCACACCCAUUCAUAAUAUUAUUAGUUAUGACAUUGAUCGAUUCAUUUCUGGAUUAGAUUCAUUUCUGGCAAGUGUUAUCAUUAUUUACUGAACAUGAUUUUUUACUUAUCACCAUAGCCUUGACAGCUCCUCCACAUCACUAACAAACCCCAGCAGGAGCCUGAUUCUUCACGCUGUGGUUAUUCUGCCUCUCUUUAGCCAGUAGAAAGUUCCUUUCCUGUGGCUGAGCAAAAUGAAACUGCUAAUGAGUCCACAAUAAACAAUGAUAAUCACAGUAAUGGAAAUGUUUGGCGGUAUUGAUACCAUGGGGAUCUUUAACCGUGGUGUAUAUGGUUAAAAUGGUAUACCGACACAUCUC